AUGUACCGUCUCCACCGGUUCGAGCACAUCAUUCCUUGGCGGCUUGUUGCGAAACUGCCGCAGGUGGAGGUUGCGGACGUGGUAGUGGUUUCUGUUGCGGCGGUGUUUGCGUCGGUCCUGCUCGGGUUCGUGCAAUUGCUCAGCAUGCUCUUUGUGUGCAAGCUUUUCAUCGUCGGAGCGUUGGUGCUCAACUGCACGGCCGGGCUGGCUGCUUCGGCGUACUUCUACAGCGAGCAGCAGUGGAAUUUCAUGGGGUUGACCUUGCUCUACACGGCGGUCAUCCUCUAUGUGGCGUGGAAGGUGCACAGGAGAGUCGCAUUCAGCAUCAAAAUCAUCCAGUUGUGCUCGAGGCUGCUGCGGAAGAAGUCGAGCAUCUGGGCGAUCUACGUGGGGAUGCUUGUGCUGAACACCACUCUGUCGCUCUUCUACGUCUUUGUGUUCUUCUGCGUUGCGUCCACCCUGCGGGCAGAUCCGGACAUCCAGAACGAGCACCAGGUGUACCUGGUGCUCAUCUUCGCCGGGCUCUACCUCUCCGAGAUCUUCCAGAACUCGGUCCAGGUGAUUGUUGGGGCACUCUGCGCCAAGUGGUACUUCAACUCGAACGCAAGCACGCUCCGGACGGUCUACAACACUUUUGGCAAGUGUUUCGGCUCGAUCUGCCUCGGCUCGCUUCUUGCGAGCGUCGUGACACUGCUCAAAGAGGUGUGUCUGUGGAUGAACCCCAGCGACAAGCUGCACAGGAUCGCCGUGCUCAAGCCCUUGUGGAAGCUCCUUGAGAUUGCCCUGUACCUGCUCGACAUCGCGGUGCGCUACUUCAACGAGUACGCCUUUGCCUACAUGGCCAUCUACAGCCGGGGAUACGUCCGCUCGUCGUUCAAAAUGUUCCGCCUCUACCACGUGAAGGGCUGCGACACCUUGGUCAACGACUGUAUCAUCAAGGUCAUUUUGCGCUUGUACACGGUCUUCUCCGGCCUCCUUGGCGGCCUCACCGCAUACGGGUGUCUCCGCCUGCUCGACCAUCCGCAGUACUCCUCUGGCAACAGCAGCAUUACGUGGGUGCUUGUGGUCUUGAGUGGCGUCGUCGCCGUCCAGCUGUCCAGGAUGCUCUCUCUGAUCAUAGACGCCUACGUGCACGUGCUUCUCAUCUGUCUUGUCGAACACCAGGACGUGUUAGAAUGGGAACAUGCCCAGAACGAGCCUGCCUUCCGUGCUAUCCACCCGUACCUCGCCCCGUACCCCCGCAAGUGCUGA